AAGGUUUGUUAAACCCAAAUUCGUCGUCGCUCGCUCUUGAGAUAAAAAAAAAAAAACUGACUCUUCGAUUUCAAGAAAACCAAGAAAGAUCGAAACUUUUGGGUUCCAAAAGACUUUUUUUUUUUUUUUUUAAAUUGUGACUUGAUUGAUUUGAUAACAAUGGUGGUGGACAAAAGUGGUUACGAGUCUGGAUCAAAAGAUUCGCCAUUUACUUCAGAUAUUAACCUUUCCGAUUCCGCGAAGAAGAAGAAGAAGAAGACCAAGAAGAAGCCUUGCGAAGUAUGCGGAAGUGUUGCUGAUGAGCUUUCGAUAAUGAUAUGCGUCAAGUGCAGAGAUACAAGAGAGCAUACUUACUGCGCCAGGAUGCUGUUACAUCGUGUUCCUCGUAUUUGGCUAUGUGAAGAGUGCCGUGAUCCAUCAUCUGCUAAUCAUCAAGUAAAAGAAGCUGCUCAGUUAUCAAGAACUGUUCAAGUGGAACAAGUUGUGGUUAACAAAGUUUCUAUUGAUCAAACUGUUCCAUUGUCAAGAACCAAGCAACUAAUUGUGGAUAACCAAGUUCCUAUUGAUCGUCAAACUGCUCCAUCAUCAUUAAGAACUAAUCAAGUUGUGGAUAAGAAAGAUUGGAUGGGAGCUGCUCCAUCAUCGAGAACUAAUCAAGUUGUAGAACAAGUAGUGCCUGUUAUUCAUCAGCACACUACAGAAGAAUCAAUUCCACGCUCCCAGGUGAUGAAACCAAUCUUCAGUUUCUCUCCCUCCCUUUGAUGAAAAAUUGAAGAAGAUUGUUCUGUGUCUUGAUUGAUCAAUAUCUCCACUGUUCAAGCCCAUGUGGGAAAGAUUUUCCAGUCAAGAGCCACCACAAUACGUUGAUCUCUUCUUUUUUCUUGAGUCACAAGUCAUUUUGUUAGCUAACUGAGAGAUUGGACUUAUUUCAUUG